UGGUAUAAUUUCAACCAUCUCCUCGUUUCUUUCCAUCUCCCGAAGGACUGUAAUGAGGCUUGACUUAAGACCUCUAUUCCCGUUUGUGGAUGCCCAGCUAAGGUAUUCAAGUAUACUUUCGGGUUUAACCCAAAGACGGAGACGCCUGUCGUCCCCGUGUGGUGUCGCCUCCCCAGCCUUCCACUACACCUUUAUGAUCGGGAUUCCAUCACUACACUUGCUAAGUGUGUCGGAAAACCGGUUUGCAUUGAUGCCCCGACAGCCCUCCAAUCGAGGGCUAACGUGGCACGAUUUUGUGUUGAGAUCGACAUCAGAGUCGAGCCAAUUUUUGAGAUUGAGAUUGAGAACGGGCCCGAAGACCUUUGCUCAACGGAUCUACCAGCAUCACACACCUCAGUCACCUCCGUCCGGCGCUCAGCUGAAAUCUGCCGGAGAUUUAAAUGGUAAACUUAAUUCAUGGAUGAACAAUCUAAAAAGAUUCAUCAAAUCUGCAGUAAAACCGACAGACAACAUUCACAUCCCCCAAACAAGAUACCCGACGGUCCACGGCGGAGCUCGUUCCGGCAACUCACCAUCUCCUGUUGGGCCACUGUUGCAUUUCUCAGCGCCAUCGUUACCUUCUCCAGCGCCGCUGCCUUUUCCAGCACCGCCGUUUGUGGAAGCCACCUUCCCGACAGGCCACAUCCCACCUUCCAACACCGAUUUCCCAGUCGAUCAAGCUACCGGUACUCCCUUGGUCGGUUCAGUUUGGCUCACUCAUGGUGAAACCCUCUCUUUAUCCGCCAAACACUCCUCCCAUCUCGGCGAUAGACUUAUCAAGCCAAAACGUUAUCCUCUCUCAACCAGAUCUCCCCUCAGCUCAAAUAGCGGAUCGCCUAUUGGGCCUAUCCUUAAGCCCAACUCAGAAUUAAUUCAUAGUGGGCCGCCUACCUCUCCAACUCAUAUCAUCCCUUCACAUAUCCUGACCAGGCCCAAUGAAUCAGGCCCACUCUUGCCCAACUCUCACAACAAGCCCAGACCUCAGAUUCUGACUUUGACUCAACAAGGUCGACUUUUGUCACCACCGAGCCAAUUGACAGAGACCUCCACCCCUCCACUCUUGAU